AUGAAGGAACACGAAGAUGCUCAAUACUGUUUUCCAGACCAAAACUCUUCUUGCAGAAAGGCUUUGCUAUCGACAUCUAUUUACAUAACACUGUACAUCUUCAUCUCAUUGAUUUCAGCGGUUACAGUACUUUUGAACGUACUGGUGAUCAUCUCCGUCUCUCACUUCAAGAAGCUCCACACUCCAACCAACCUGCUCAUCCUCUCUUUGGCUGUGGCAGAUCUCCUGGUGGGACUGAUUGUGAUACCAGUAGUGGCUGUAACAGUAAUGGAAUCAUGCUGGUUUUAUGGGAAAUAUUUCUGUGUGAUUUCUCUCUAUAUCAAUUAUUUAUGUCUCUCUUUAUCUCUGGGCAAUUUGAUAUUGAUAUCUAUUGACCGCUAUGUUGCUGUGUGUGAUCCCUUGAUGUACCACUCAAAAAUAACAAUAACAAGAAUAAUUGGUUGUAUAUCAAUUACCUGGUGUAGUUGUAUCAUAUACAAUGCUCUUAUUUUAAAUAAUUAUGUUAAUAUAAAUGUACCCAGACAGUGUUUGGAAGAAUGUGUUGUUGUUGAAGGAUUUAUCUGGAGUAGCAUCAUUGACCUUCUAUUUUCAAGUGUUAUCCCGUGCUCAGUUAUUAUAACACUUUAUUUGAAAAUAUUUGUGGUCGCCAGAUCACAGGCCAGAAAGGUAUUUUCAAAAGAGGCUGCCACCAAGUCUGGUGUUAAAACUGUACAGGUGAAUAAGACUGAGACAAAAGCAGCAAAAACUCUAUCUAUUGUAGUUUUCAUGUUAUGCUGGUGA